CCGAGGGGCUUUCUCCUCCCUCGGUGACUUUAGUGUGCGAGCGCAGCCGCCUGGCGCUCGUUUCCGCCGGGCUGGGUCGCGCCGAGCUCUGCUUUCCUGCGGCUGCUGAGGACAAGGGGCGGUGACCGUGGUGCGCGCCCCGCGUCCCAGUCUCCCGGCCCGCGCCCCGGCCCCCGGCCCGCGCCCCGGCCGCCAGCAUGGUGCUGCUGGCCGGGCCCGGGCCGGAGGGCGGCGGGGCGCGCCGCGUGUCCCCGCAGCCUUCUCUACCCCGGGACACGCCGGCCGGCGAGGAUCCCGCUGACUACGAGGAGUACGAGGACUUCUCGCAUCUGCCCGACGCCCGCAGCAUCGCUUCGGACGACUCCUUCUACCCUCUCGGAGGCGAGGAGGAGCACGGUCCCGGGAGCGCGGAGAGCGUCCCGGAGGGCGUCCCGGUGGCGGUGACCCUCCUGAGCGCCGCCUGCGCCAACGACGUGGGGCUGCUGAGGGCGCUGGUGCGCCAGGGGCCGCGCGUUGAGGAGGUUCGGGAGACUGAUCGCAACGGCCGGACCUGCCUUAUUGUCGCCUGCUACCACGGCUUUGUGGAUACCGUGGUGGUCUUAGCCGAGUGCCCCCACGUUGACGUCAACUGGCAGGACAACGAGGGGAACACGGCCCUAAUCACAGCUGUGCAGGCAGGGCACGCCACCAUCACCAACUACUUGUUGAACUACUUCCCUGGUCUUGACCUUGAAAGGAGGAACAUAUUUGGGUUCACGGCCCUGAUGAAAGCUGCCAUGCAGGGCCGGACAGAGUGCAUCCGGGCCCUGAUGCUAGCAGGGGCAGAUGUCCAUGCCAGAGACCCCCGCCGUGGGAUGUCGCCCCAGGAGUGGGCCGCUUACACCGGCCGGUUGGAAGCCGUCCGCCUCAUCCAGAGGCUGCUGGAACGACCCUGCCCAGAGCAGUUUGGGGAAAAGUACAAGCCGGAGCUGCCACCGGCCCCCGAUACGGUUCUGAAGACCACGGGCUCCAAAACCUGCUUGCAGAGGCUCACUGAGUUUGUGCGGUCCAUGUUGGCUUCCCGCCCGCGCCCGGGCCUGGAGGAUGGAGGGGCCCUGGACCACAUGGUCCGGAUGACCACGAGCCUCUACAGCCCUGCCGUGGCCAUCGUCUGCCAGACCGUGUGCCCCGAGAGCCCCCCCUGCGUGGGGAAGAGGCGGCUGGCGGUACAGGAAAUCCUGGAGGCUCGUGGGAGGCCGGACACGUGUGCCCAGGAGAGGGACAAGGUGGGAGGCACCGAGCAGCAAUCCUGGACCUCCCAAGCUGGGGCGCUCUCCACAGCGGGGGCCCCUGGAGCCAGCCUGCCGUCUCCCCAGCUGCCAGGUGCCCCGAGGAAGGCCAGCCUCCUGCCGCUGCUGAGGAGGAGCAGCGUGCGGCCCGGCGUGGUCAUCCCCCGGGUGCGCAUCAGUAAGGCGCCCGCGCCCACCUUCCAGCCCGAGAGGGCGGCCGCCAAGGGCAGCACCAAGGACAGCGCCCACCUGCAGCUCCCCAAGUGGCGGUACAAGGAGGCCAAGGAGGAGAGGCGGAGGGCGGAGGAGGCGGGGAAGCAGCGCGUGGCCGCGGCGCCCAGGGAGAGGCGGGCGCCGCCCUGGAGGAAAAGGACGUGAGGGAAGCGCAGGCGCGUGCGGUUCGGGGAGCGGCCCGGGCCCUGCGCACGCGCGCUUGGAGCCCAGAGGCGGGGCCAGGCCGCGCCCCCUCCCCCCUGGCGCCUUCCAGCACCCCCAUCCGGCACCCACGGGCUCCCCCGGGUGCCCCAAGGCGGCCCACGCGUGUUCAGGCUGUUCAGAACCCCAGGGGAUGCAGCACAGCACAAAUCGAUUUGCCUGAGACCAGUUCCCCAGCAAUCAAUACACCCAGGGGGCAAUUUGCCAAAAAGUCUACUGUUAGACCUCAAUUAAGAAACUUUUAAGAUCAAUUUAUCAAAGGGCAUUUUCUGUAUAAUUUUGUAUUUUUAAUCAUAAACAUGUGCAGCAUUUUACUGGUGAUGGGGCUCUUUGUAUUUAAGAGUUUUAAUACAUUUGUCUGAAAACCCUUUGUUUAAAAUACUGUUUCUAGCAAUAAUUAUUCAUGGAAUCUCUAUGAUUUCAUACAGCAUUUGUGGACUUCUCGCCUUCCUCACUGUGGGUGUGCAUAAGUACGGUGUGUUCUGAUCGGUUUGAUUAAGUGAUGCCGACUAUUUGUGUCUGUGUGAUGGAUGCAUUUACUUUUACUCCCAAAUGAUUGAGACAAGGGAAUCAAAUUUCCUUGUAUCUUUAUUUCUAAAUCUCUCUGAUCCAUACAGUCAUAAUAACAGAAAAACCCAGCACUGUGAAACCGUGUGCAUAGAGAAGCACAUAUUUAUUGCUAGAACUAAUCUCAUUUUAAACAAGGGAUUUUAAUAAGCUGGAUACAAAGUAUUUAGCAUAUUCAAAAAUAGACAGUAAAAAGGGGCAAGCCUAAUAAAAUUAUUACUAGAAAUACAAAAUUAAGCCAUGUGCUCUUAGAUAAAUUGAAUUCAGGUAUCCUUAAAAAUGUAAAAAAGAUGUGAAACUAAGGAACCCAGAGUGACUCAAGCUACUGAAACAGAAGGCAGUAUUAUCCAAGAAACAAGGGCUAGAACUGAGUAGUAAGCAAAUUCAUUGCAGGCAACUUCUCCUGGAGUAGGCUGGGCAGCUGCCUCCUUCAAACUCUAUUCAAAGAUUCCCUGGUGUGGAAUUACUAUUAUUUUUCCUUUGAUGACUGCCUGUGGUAUUGAGUUCAUCCUCAUGCCAACUUUGUAGAACGUCCAAGAUGUGGAGACUUCAGCAGAGCAUGUACAUGGUUUGCCCUGGGCCCUGAGCUCUCAGCAGGAGUUUUCUGUCCAUACUUUCUAUUGCCAAAGCCCUGACAAGUUCUGAUGAAUCUCUGGCCAUUUGGGUUGUUGAGUAUCUAUCACAUAGGCACUACUGACAGCACUUUAUUUAAAUAUUAUCCUACUUGGAAGCCAUAGAUUUAAAAUCACUACAGGCUGAUUGAGAAGCUCUGUAUAUAACCCUGGAUUUGCAUGUCAAAUCGUGCUCCCUGGCCAUGCUGGGAUGAGGGCCCAGCAGUCUCAUGACGUGGGAGGGGGAUGGCACUGGCCUUUCCCUAUUCCCCCUGACUCAACACCGCCAGACCUUGAAUAAUCGGGGUCUUGCACUCACCUCCCCCAAAACGUCAAUAAUCAGGCCAUCAGGUUGCACUCAAACUGAUGGCAGAUAAAUGUGCUAAUGAUACAGCAUUUAAAGUCAGAUUUCAGUGCGCGCCUCCUUUGCCCUCGAAAGGCACAGUUGGGAUGGCCCCACGUCUGGACUCCUUUGAUCAUCACUGACACUAGUCAGCUGCAAGUCACCCUUGUACCCGAGUCGGUAUUGGUCGGGUCCCCUGGGAUGAGUUGAGGCUGGUCCCUACAGUGGAGAGAAACCCCCCCAUCUCCCUGACAGUCUAAUCCGGCAUCUUUUCAGAUCAUUUCUCAUGUUUCUGUAUUUUCAUUGCUUUGAUCAGCUGGCUGCAUUUUCUCACUGAGGGGUCACCCUCUGCUCCCUCUCCUCUGGUGUCAGUUGAGGGCAGUGACCCCCUUCUCUCCACAUGGCCCCUUGGCUUUGUCACUACAUUUAUUCCCUAUUGUCCCCUUCACUCCUUUCUUCUCCCUCCCCUGCCUUUGCCUCCUGUGACUAUUUUCUUCUCCAGAUUUGGCUAAAUGCCUUGAUCAUCACCACUAUUCUGAGGUCCAAAAAGGGCCAGAAAAGCUAAGGUGAUCAUGAGAGCACCGUGGCAUUCUUGUUGAAUUACCACAUCAUGACGCCAAACACCCAAGAUGAACAAAUGGUAUGUUUCCUGGCUUCCGCCCAGGGGGACUGGAUGUUGGGUACAGCCUGCUUUCCCCACCCCACGCCGUUUCCUUUUUAACGGAGGGAGACCCAGUUUGCUCUCUGCAUAGAUGACAGCGUCGCCCUGCUGUACCAAGCGGAGAGGGUCCUGAGUCUGCUUGCACCCCUGGUGUGUAUUAACUGUAAAUAGUGAAUUUUAAGUUGACAGGUACCUUCUCAGGGAUUUAUAUAGUUAGGGGAAAGAUGAUAAGUAUAUUUUACUACUUCUCAGCAUUUCAGUUAAGUAUGAUUAAACUAGACAGAAGAAAUAGUUCUAAGACAAUCUCAGUGCUGCUGUUUUAGGGAGUUGCUGGAAAUCGCCCCUCAGUUGAGAUGUCCUGGUUGUGGGAAACCCAGGGCUCUGGCAGCUGAAAUGGCUUUGGGGUGGAUGUGAAGUCACUUCAGUGUCUCUCAGUUGCCUCUUGUGGAUGUGAAGCCUUGCAUUAAAGAAAAAAAAUUCCACCUCUUGUUAAGUAGUAGAGGCUGUGAUAACACAGAUGGGCCAUUCAUCGACUUUACCUUUGGAACUGGUUGCUCCCCAUCUGAUACUGGGUGUGUGGUGUGAGGAUGAAACAAUUUUCUGCACUCGUGAGUCAAGUGUGCCGCAGGCAACCCAGCACCCAGCUCCCUGCUGUAAGGGAGGGGGAAACGGCAAGGAGUUCAUCUCGGGUGGCCAGGUGUUCAGAGGCCAUGGCUUUCCUCGUGUUUGGCUGCCCUGGAAGAGUGCAUCACAUGACAUUAUGGACCUUUGUUCCUUUUUCUGAGUCUCCUGCCAACAUGCUCCUGGCAGACCAGAUGCCUCAGGAAUACAAAGAUGGAAAACUCCAAGACCCAUGUCAUCUCACCUUCAGGAGGCACCCCUCAGGUGCAAGGCUCAUUCUGCUUGGGACAGAGAUGUCCUAAUGUCAGGUGGGAAAUGGGACUCAUGGGUGCAGAGGGGCCGUUCCAGGCUGCCUCGCCACCUCCUUUGGUGCUGUCAGUGGGCGGCAGGCUCUGGAAGUCCAGCGUCUGAGUGGAGACAAAUUGAGAUGGAAUCCCUUAAGGUGGGGCCAGACCCCAGUCCUGAAAUAGAGGCAAAGCCUGCUGUGUUCGGGGAAGGGUCAUGGCUGCUGGCUUCCUAGGGAGGAGGAAAGCAUGUCUGAGAAGCGAUCAAGUGGGUCAAGACUAAGAAGUGGCUGUGAUGGGUCUCUUGCAGCCUCUGGCAAGAGCGCUGUAUUCCCCGCUCCCCCGCCCCGACCUUGCCCACACUACAGUGGGAAGACCUUUUAAAAACGAUUUCCCUAAGUUUGCUCAGUGAAAUGAAUUCUAGCACUGCUGGCAGCCAGGUGUUCCGCUUUCGCCAGGAGAUUCAUGCUUGCUCACUUCCCACUCUAAUACAACAGUUUCUCCCUGUAUGCUGAGAUUUAUCAUGAACGAUAAGCUACUAGUCACAAUGUCUUUCAUGUGAAAACGUGCUAGCACGUUUUAUUUUUACAGCAUUUGGGGGAAUUUGAACACACUACCCAAGUAUUUGCUUUUUGUCCCACUGUGGCUUGCGUUUGGAUUCUGCACCAUCUGCGGAUGCUCUGCACACAGAAAUCCCUGCAGGGCCUGUUCCCAUGUGCCUGGUCCUCAGCUUCGCCUGCAGCGGACGACAUUCACACCUUCAGCCGGGCAGCUGCCUGGAGGGCCACGCUUUUCUAGGGAGGAAGAGCGGAAGAGUGGUCACAACCGACCUACACCACCGCGAAGUCAUGUUAAUGACAACUGCAGUCGGGCAAAUAAUCACAGGGGGAAUGCUGUUAGCCACAACGAACUCAAAACAAAAUAACUCUUCCCGAAACGUGAUGGCUGUCUUCUGAAUUUCACCUCUCAGUGCAUUUAGAACUGAUUUCAUACGUCUGUGCAACUCCUGAGUCAGCCACGUAUUUCUGUGCCCUUGAAUUCACAUGCUCCUUCAUUAACAUUUAAGUGGCUAAAAAAAAUUCCUCUGGAGGUGGUUUUUUGAAAAAACAGGAAGAAAAAAAAAACCCCUUGCCAUUCUCUGAACUGCUUUAACUAAUUUUCAAAUGACCCUGUUGAACGUCAGCGCUGGGUACACAGCUCCUCCCUCUGACCUGGCCUGAAAGAAGAGUAGUGAAAGGCACAGCCCCGGUGCUUGGACGGCCCCUGCUGCGAGCUGUGCCAAAGUGGAGUCUGAUGUGGUGCAAGCGUGCACACACAUAUAUGCGUGCCCCCCACACCCUCGGAUGAACUGGAGACCAGAGUUUGUGCUCACACAGGCCCCUGCUCCUGUGGCAGCUUUGCAGAGGCUCUUGGGGGGAGUGUUGGGUGUGGUCAGGUGUGGCUUGCUUUGCUGUGUGUUCAGGAUGACUGACAGCGCAGGAACCAUGGGGAGCACUCUGUCCAGUGUGGCGUGGAACAGCCCACGUGUCCUAACCUUGGUGUUGCGGUGGUGUCCGCCUGCUGGCUCUCCUGGGAGCUCCUUGGCAAGGUCCUUUGGGCGUCUCUCUCCCGUGAAGUACAUCCUCGGCAUUGAGAGGUGGAACCGGAGAGAACUCUGGGGAGCUGCAGCAGGCGUCUCCCAUGAUCACAGAGUCGGGGCUGAAUCCUUUGAAAUUUUGGUACCAGGUUAACCACAGAAUCCACAUCUUACCCCGAGGAAGCCCCAGGAGUAAGCGCAGUCAGCCUAAGUAUUAGACACUCUAAUUACUCAAACCUAACACAAUUUGGCUUUUGACAGAAUUGUCUCAUCAUCCUGUGGCAACUUUACAUUGUUUUUAAGGAGAAUGUAGGAAAGAAAUAAAAAUGAAGCUGGCUUUUCCAGGUCGGGCAGAGGCCCGUGUUGACCUGGUGCUUUAUGAAGGUUUGGAAAGUGGCGUCAAAGCCCUUCAGUGCUGAUGUUUGAGCAGAAGUUCAGGAGGCUGGUUUGGAACUGCACAGCUGCGCAGAACUGGAUGAAAACCGUGAAAGCGUUGCUAUGAAACCAGAGAUGUUUCCAGCAACCCUGCGAACCUUUGGGGCAACCUAAGGAAUGUGAAUGAUAUGCCCAUUCAGGUGAACAGGACAAGCUAAUCUCAUUGGAAUGCUCUUCAUUCAGGUCAUUGUUCUGCCUGGCGUUGACUGGGUGUCUGAGGAUGUGUGUGUAACAGUGGUGACUUGAUGAUGGUCUAAGAAUUGACAGCACAGAAUGCCAGGGUUGAAGUUAUGUCAUCUUGGUAUAAGUGUUUUCUGAAUGUAAAGCUAUUUUCAAUGCCAUUUCUAAAAAUGGGUAUUGUAAAAAUGUGACUAUGAAUAGAAUUGUGUAAAUUUUAUAGUAUUUAAUUUUGAGGUGAGUUUUGUUAUAGUUUAUAUAAGAGAAACUUUCCUAUUUAGACCUCAGGGCUAUUUUGGGACCCACAAAUCAAUGUGACCUCCAGCAGCUUCAAUUCUUAAUAGCCAAAAGGUUAAUGAUCUUUAAGUUAAAUAUAUUAUUCAGCAGAAAGAACGUGUCUUUCCCAUUUAACUUCUAACAAAUUCUGUAUCUAAUAUUUAAAAAGCACAAAGGAUGCAAUAUAAAAAUGGGGAAACUGUGGCCACAGAAUUAAAAAUCACUCCUGAAAUAAAGAUAUUCUUAUGGCACAA